GACAGCUGUUUGUUUACAAAAUGUGAAAAUGUAAACACUAAGUGAAGGAAAUUUCGUGAAUCACAGCAGCAGCAGUAGCAGCAGCAGCAGGAUCAUUAUUCCACGUGAUAGUCAGAUCCCCAACCGCUUCCAACUCUUCCGCAACUACCGGUUGUCAUUUGAUCCUGGGAUUCGUGCACGGUUCCGCUGCAACAGAGCGCAACGCAUUACCCGGCGGAGUGCCCGGUGCUAUUGCCAAGAAGAAGUGCAAAUCGAGAUUGAUCGAGAAACAGCGCGCUGUCCACGAACCAACGUUGGGUAUCGUUGAUGGACGCUAGCCAGAGAGCUCAACGGACGGCACAUUACAACACGCGCACCACUCCAGAAGCGUUGCGUUUCCGAUGCGCCAUAAUUAAGACGAACGGUUACGCCGGCUUCACCCGAUCGGAAACACACCAGAGAAUUGCGUUUUUUUUUUUGCUCCAUCCUAAGUAAAUAAGCGAGCGCCCCCUGGCUUCUGGUUGGCUGGCUCCGGAGUUUCCGGUUGCAGCAUUAAUUGUGCAAGUGUACGAAAAACUGUCCAGCAAGUCCGGCGGACGCCCAGUCGAAGCGUGAAAAAGCGUGUGAUUCCCGUGAAUGCGCUUCCCCCGGACAAUUGACAGCAGGGAAAAAAAGCCAUCCGAUCUGCCGCUCCUUAAUUGCUUUAUUGCCUUCCGUUCCGUCGUUCCGUUUCGAUGGAGAAUAUGUUUGCUUGAACGGCAAGAAGUGCACCGUGAAGCGCGGCCACAAGAAACACUUUUCCCUCUUGAGAUAACCGCGACAAUACGCGUAGCGCGCGCCCGCACGCCAGUAGGAAGUGAGUUUGUGUGUUUUUGUGUCAUCAUCUUUAAGUCAGUGUGCCCAUCGUUCCGUGUUGAUCGUGUGUCGCCGGAGCAACCGUUUGAGAUCACCGCCAACUGAGCUUCCGUAUCGGAAGCACACGGAAGCAACGCAACGCAGUGUGUCACCAUUUUGUGCGGAAGAAUCAAGAACUCGUCCGUCGCUCCGUUUUGGUCCCCAGGGAGGACAACGACGAGGACGACGAGAGGAUUUUGUGUGUGACCAUCGAAUCGUUUUACUCCCCGAAAACCCGCCUCGUGCCAAUCCGAACCGGAAAGCAGCGUCUGGUCGCGGCGGAGGGGGUCCUCGCGACUCGCGGUAAAUCGGAUCACGGAAAUUGGAAUGUCAUUGAAGAAAGAAACCCUUUCGGACGUACAGCUACAUCUGGCUGCCCUGCGAGGAGACGAAAUGCUGCUGAAACGAGUGCUGGACAGCGGCAAGGUGCACGUCGACUGCCGUGAUGAGGACUACACGACUCCGUUAAUCCUGGCGGCCGCCGGAGGACAUACCGCUUGCGUCAUCGAGCUGCUGGAGCAGGGUGCCGAUCCUAAUGCACGCCGAGUGACCGGUACGACAGCUUUAUUCUUCGCCGCCCAAGGAGGCUACGUGGACGUCGCUAGGAUACUGCUGAAGGCUGGCGCACCGGUCGACUGCUCGUCCGUGGACGGUGGUACACCACUGUUCGUCGCCUGCCAGGGAGGCCACGAGGCCAUGGUCGGUGAGCUGCUGAGCCACGGUGCCAACGUGCACGCCUGCAUGAAGGACCGCGCAACACCACUGUUCAUCGCGGCACAGAAUGGGCACAGCUUGGUGAUGAAGCUGCUGCUGGCAGCCGGUGCCAACCCGGACGCAGCCCGCAACGAUGGAGCCACACCGCUCUGGAUCGCGGCCCAGAUGGGUCACGAUCAUAUCGUCAAGAUACUCCUGCACCACGGUGCCUACGUCGAUGCGGUCCGAUGUGACGGUGCGACGGCACUCUUCAAGGCAGCCCACAAGGGUCACAGUUCGGUGGUGCACGAGCUGCUCAAGCACCGUCCCUGCUUGGGCCUGCUGGAGAACGGAGAAACGGCACUGCACGCCGCGGUCAUGUUUGGGCAUCUUCCGAUCGUCAAGCAGCUCGUCGGUGCUGGCUGUGAUUGUGGCGUGAAGAAUCAGGACGGCUACACACCGUUACAGCUCGCCAGGCAGCAACAGUACGCCAGCGUCUAUCAGUAUCUGAAGGAUCGCAUCGCAGGACUGCAUGUUGAUCAACCAGUGCAGCAGCAGCAGAUGCCACAACAGCAAGCUGCUGCUGGUGGUGCUAAUGGUGGCUACAAGAGGUCGUCUGGUCAGAACAGCUCCUCGGUAAAUGGGGCUGGUGGUGUUGGUGGUGGUGGUGGUGGAACUGGUCCAAAGACGACCACCACCAAGGUGGCAAUUACGAGCUAAAUUAACUUUCCAUUUCUCGUGACGCUCCACGACCAAGCAAUACGCGUUUCUAUUUCAUUCCCUCCAUGUUGUUGUUGAAUUUGUUUUAAUCUCUUUUUGCUUCUUUUAACUAGUAGUAGUAGUAGUAGUAGGUAGAAACUAUUCCAAUAUUAGCUACAGCAAAUAAAGCUAUGCUUCCGACUAAUCUUCUGACACUAAACUGCUCAAAAAUAUAUAAAAAUACGUAAACAUAACGCUCAAAACAAUACAUUGCGAAUUGCAUGAAUAAGCCAAA